CAGAGAGCACUUGGAUUACCGGCAAGAUGGCGGUUGGAGCAAUUGGAUUCAUGUGCCCCAAUGCUCGGCGACACGAACGGAUUGGGACAACUUGGGACAAGCGUCCUGUUGUUCUAUAGCUAUACGAAUAGUUUCACCGAUCGUAUGCAGGACGUAGGAAUCAAUUACUAGCCAUUUGCAUUAUUACCUCUGAAAUGGAUUUCAGAAAUUUUUUGAGAGAUUUCCGUUUUGGAAUUAUUAAUGAAAUUAAUGAUAAUUUCCUCGAAAAUUUUUUACUUUUUGGUUAUGAUUUUAUUGAGGAAGACGACGAAAUAGAGAAUGUUGCUGUUAACGCAGUUGUUGAGUUAAUAAACGGUUUGGCCCAAAGAAGGCAAAGAACGUGCAUACCUGACUACGUCAAAAAUAUUAUACCAGUGUAUUCAGAGAAGGAAUUUAUUAUGCAUUAUAGGUUAAAGCGAAUGCUUGUAACGGACAUAAUUGACAAAUUUAAUCAGUGGCUACAUUUUAGAAAUCUGGGAGGACAUGGAGGAUUUGAGCCUAUUUCUGCUGAAAAGCACAUCUUCACCUUUCUAUGGUUUGCUGGACAUCAAAGUGCGAGCUUUAGAGACGUUGCCGAUAGAUUUAAUGUCUCUCUUAGUACCCUUGAAUCAAUAUUACGGAGAGUCACACAGUUUUUAUACGAAAUGAGGAAUGAAGUUAUUCGAUAUCCUACUGAGGCAGAGAAGCAAAGAACUCAAAGACACUAUUUCGAAAAUAAAGAUUUUCCAGGAGUAAUUGGAUCUAUUGAUGGUUCACAUAUCCGUAUCGAUAAACCUUCUGAAGAUCCAGUGGCCUACAUCAACAGAAAGCGUUAUUUUUCUGUACACAUGCAGGGGACAGUUAAUGAGAAGAAAAAAUUUUUAGAUGUGUUUGUUGGAUACCCUGGCUCAGUACAUGAUGCAAGGGUAUUUGCAAAUUCUAGUUUGGCUGAAGACUUGUCAGCACUUUGUCAAGAUGGAAGCAUAUUUCUUGGUGACGCUGCAUAUCCAUGCCUGCCUCAAUUAAUUACUCCAUAUCGAGAUAACGGACAUUUAACGCAGGCCCAAAGAAAUUUUAAUCACAUGCACAGCCGGUGCAGAAUCUCCGUGGAGCAUGGAUUUGGAGAGUUGAAACAGCGCUUCAGACAAUUAUAUUUUCUCAAACUGAGGAAUAUGGAAUUUAUUGUUAAAUUUAUUCUGGUUUGCUGCGUCCUUCACAAUUUGGCUGACUUAGAUGAUUUGGAAUACAUGGAAGAACUCGAACCUGAAGACGAACAUAUUGAUAUAAAUGCACAAGCGUUGUUACACCAUCUGGGAGCAGAUGAAGAUCAAGAUCCAAUUGAUGAUCGACGUGGUCGCGAUCUCAGAGAUGAACUGUGUCGACAACUGUUUCAAAGGCAACUGAACGAGUAAAAAUAUAUUCAAAUAAUCUUGUGUUUAUAUUUGUAAUUAGUAGCGUACAAUGAGGUAUAAGUUUGAAAUGUAAGAUAUAAGUUUAAGGUAUAGGUUUAAGUUUUU